UGUUUGCAGCAGCCUACACUGUUUUUGCCUGCCUCUGCCCCCUUGGAGUUCUGUGGGACGUUGGUUAUUUUGAUAAUAUGGGACAAGUAACAUCUGCUCCUCUCGCCCUUACCUUAGGUCAUUGGUCGGAGAUUAGGGGGAGAGAACAUAAUCUUUCUUUGAAUGUUAAAAAAGGAAAAUGGCAAACUCUCUGUUCUUCAGAGUGGCCCUCCUUCCAGGUGGGAUGGCCUCCAGAGGGAUCUUUUCACCUGUCUCUGGUUCAAGCAGUAAAAACCAUAAUCUUCCAUUCUGGUCGCUCCAGCCACCCUGACCAACAACCAUAUAUUCUGGUUUGGCAAGAUCUUUGUGAAAAUCCACCAGAGUGGGUAAGACCUUUUCUUCCUCCAGCUCUACCUAAACAGGCUACCCUCUUGCCAGUUAAGGCUCAAUCUUCACCUCCCGGUCUCUAUCCACUUUUACCACCUCCUUUCCUACCAGAAUCCCAAACAGAUCUGAUUCAGUUCGAUCUAGAGGAUCCUCCUCCCCCUCUAUAUGUGCCCGCGCCCCCUCCUCCUGUUGCCUCUCCUCAGGCCCAACCUGCCUCUUCGGAAUCCUCUUCGUGUGGAGCCCGAAGCAAAGAAGCAAAAAGCCCACAAGAUGUCGCUGUUACUCUUCCCCUCCAUCCUCCAAUGCUAGACAAUGGUCCCGGAGCAGAAAUGCCAACACUUCAGUACUGGCCUUUCUCCACUUCAGAUUUGUAUAACUGGAAAAAUAACAAUCCUCCUUUUUCUGAAGAUCCUUCCAGGUUGGCCGCGUUGCUGGAGUUGCUCAUGUACUCUCACCAACCCACCUGGGAUGAUUGUCCUCAGCUGUUGAGUACUCUGUUUACUCAGGAGGAAAGGGAAAGAAUCCUCACAGAGUCCAGGAAAUUGGUUCCUGGACCGGGUGGGAUACCUACCCAGAUGUCGAACCUCAUUGAUGAUGCCUUCCCACUGCGCCGCCCUGACUGGGACCCAAACACCCCUGACGGUAGGGAGCAUCUGUCCAUCUAUUGCCAGACUCUUAUGGUGGGUCUCAAGGCGGCCGCGCGUCAGCCUACUAAUUUGGCUAAGGUAAGAGAAAUUAAUCAGGGUCCUGAUGAAUCGCCCUCGGCAUUUCUAGAAAGAAUAAUGGAGGCUUAUCGUAGAUAUACUCCCUUCAAUCCUCAGGACGAAGGGUUGAGAGGGUCUAUUGCCAUGACCUUUAUAACUCAAUCAGCCCUAGAUAUCAGAAGAAAACUCCAACGUUUAGAUGGGUUGCAAAAUAUAACCCUAAGAGAUUCAGUAAAGGAAGCAGAGAAAGUGUUUUAUAAAAGAGAGACAGAGGAAGAAAAAGAAAUGAGAAAAGAAAAGGAAAAAGAAGAGAGGGAAAUGAUAAGGGAGAAGGAAAGAGAACGAAGACGAAAUAAGGAAUUAACUAAGAUCUUAGCCACAGUAGUUCAGGGAAAUACAGAUGAGAAAAAGCCAUGCCGCCCUCUGCUAAAGCCCAACCAAUGUGCUUACUGUAAGUAAAUAGGACACUUUAUCAAGGAUUGCCCUAAGAAACAUAGACAACAAGCUCUUGGAGCCCAAAGGCACCAACCUAAUAUGUUAGCCCUAGAGAAAGGUGACAACUAGGGGGGACGGGGCUCAGUCUCCCUCCCUGAGCUCAGGGUAACCUUUGAUGUGGAGGGGACUCCAAUUGAUUUUGAAGUAGAUACAGGUGUGGUAUUCUCUGCCCUUCAAAGACCCCUUGGACCUCUGUCCAGUCAAAUGUCCUUAGUUCAAGGGGCAAAUGGCAGUAGAUAUCGGGCUUGGACUACAAAGAGGACUAUGGAUUUGGGAAAAGGAAAAGUACAAAAUUCUUUUCUAGUCAUACCUGAAUGCCCAGCUCCCCUCAUGGGAAGAGACUUAUUAACUAAAUUAAGAGCCAGAAUAACCUUUGAGCCUCAAGGGCCCCAAGUGACUUUCCUUAACCCUCUGGUGAGUCAACCUGUGGCCACUAUGCUGACCAUAGCCACCAAAGAUGAAUAUCAACUCUAUACCCAACCCAAAGCCCCAUCUAUUCCUCAGAACUGGUUGACAGAUUUUCCUGAUUCAUGGGCUGAAACUGCUGGGCUAGGACUUGCCACCUCACAACCACCUGUAGUAAUAACUUUAAAAGCGUCUGCCACUCCAGUUCACAUUAAACAAUACUAUAUGAGUAAAGAAGUUCACCAGGGGAUAAAAGGACACAUACAAAAGUUUCUUGACCUGGGAGUAUUAAUACUAUGCCGGUCGGCCUGGAAUACUCCUCUGUUGCUGGUCAAAAAGCCAGGGACAGGGGACUAUAGACCAGUACAAGACCUAUGGGAAGUGAACAACAGAGUAGAGGAUAUACACCCUACAGUGCCUAAUCCUUACAACCUGCUCAGCACCCUGAGCCCCGAAAAGACUUGGUAUACGGUAUUGGACCUAAAAGAUGCCAUCUUUUGCCUGUCUUUGCAUAAAGAUAGCCAACCCCUGUUUGCUUUGGAAUGGACGGACCCAGAGAUGGGAACAACAGGACAGCUGACUUGGACCCGCCUCCCACAGGGCUUCAAAAAUAGCCCUACUAUCUUUGAUGAAGCCCUCCACAAGGACUUGGCUGUCUUCCGAGUCCAACACCCUGAGGUAACUCUUCUCCAAUAUGUAGACGACCUUCUGCUGGCUGCAGAUUCAGAAACAGACUGUAUGUAUGGGAAUCGGGGACUUUUACAAGAACUGGCCAAAUUGGGAUACCGAGCCUCAGCUAAAAAGGCUCAAAUUUAUCAAAAGGAAGUCAUUUUUCUAGGGUACAACCUCAAAGAUGGAAAACGAUGGCUCACUGAGGCCAGAAAAAAGACUGUCAUACAAAUUCCUCUGCCCAUAAACCGGAGGCAAUUACGGGAAUUCCUGGGAACUGCAGGGUUUUGCGGACUAUGGAUUCCAGGAUUUGCUUCCCUGGCUGCCCCCCUCUAUCCCCUCCUUAAGGGAGAUGCCACUUUCAUCUGGGGCCCAGACCAACAACAGGCCUUUGAUGAUAUCAAGAGAGCCCUGUUGUCAGCCUCUGCCUUGGCUCUCCCCGAUGUGGACAAGCCUUUCACUCUCUACAUUGAGGAAAAACAGGGGGUAGCACGAGGAGUAUUAACUCAAGCCUUUGGCCCCUGGAAGUGGCCUGUGGCCUAUUUAUCAAAAAGAUUAGACUCUGUGACCAACGGAUGGCCCCACUGCUUGAAAGCUAUUGCAGCUGCUGCUAUGUUAACCAAAGAUGCAGACAAAUUAACUUUGGGGCAAAAGCUAACUAUAAUAGCCCCACACACUCUGGAGAGUGUCACUCAUCAACCUCCCGAUAGAUGGCUUUCUAAUGACAGGAUAACUCAUUACCAAAGUCUCCUGCUCAAUAAAGACCGAAUAACGUUCAGUCCGCCAACUGCCCUCAACCCAGCCACUCUACUGCCCGAAGAAACACCAGAACAGAUCCUCCACACCUGCCAAGAGAUCCUGGCGGAAGAUACUGGGAUUCGCGGAGACCUUACAGACCGGCCACUCCCAAACGCUGAGGUAACCUGGUACACUGAUUGUCGGGCGCCCUCCCAAGCAACCGAGCCGCCUGAACUUCCUAUACCACCCCAUCUGAUGGAGGAACCAGAGCUUCUAACCUAUUUCCAACAAAUUCAUAAGCUAACUCAUUUGGGCAUCAGGAAACUGCUACUGGCUCGACAUCAUGCCACCAGUAGCCUACCUCUAUCUAAGGUCCAAAGACUGGCUGAACAGGUCACCAAGAAUUGUAAAGCUUGUCAACUUGUCAACCUUCAUCCCUCAAAACCCGUUGGGGGAAUAAGGUUACGAGGAGAUCAACCUGGACAAUUUUGGGAAGUAGAUUUUACUGAAAUAAAGCCUCCCAAAUAUGGACUCAAAUAUUUGUUAGUCUUUAUAGACACUUUUUCAGCAUGGACCGAAGCCUUUCCUACCAAACUGGAGACUGCUCAAGUAAUAGUCAAAGAGUGGAUGGAAGAAAUAUUUCUUCGUUUUGGCCUGCCAAAGGUAAUUGGGUCUGACAAGGGGCCGGCAUUCAUGGCUCAGGUAAGUCAGGGCGUGGCCAAGGUGAUGGGGAUUGAUUGGAAGCUUCAUUGUGCCUACAGACCCCAAAGUUCAGGACAGGUAGAGAGAAUAAAUAGAACAAUUAAAGAGACCUUAACUAAAUUAGUCCAAGAGACUGGCCUUAAGGAUUGGACAAUGCUCCUACCUUAUGCUCUAUUUAGAGCAAGAAAUACUCCAAUUUCUAAACCACCUAACCUAACUCCCUUUGAGAUUUCAUAUGGUUCUCCUCCCCCCAUACGAGACCUUAGUCCAUGGCCUAAAGACUUAAAAAUACCCCAGACUCCCUUGGCUGAUAGACUCUUGAUUCUUGACCAGAUCCAGUGGAUCUUAUGGUGACAACUUUCCUCGGCCUACCAGCCCAGCGAUGGACCCACUCCCCACCAAUUCCACGUGGGAGACUACAUGUUCAUCCGCUGACAUCAGACUGAGACCCUACAACCCCGCUGGAAAGGACCCUAUCAGGUACCAUUAACCACACCCUCAGCAGUCAAACUUGACGGCAUCACUUCUUGGAUCCACGCAUCCCACCUCAAGCCUGCACCUCAGCCAUCCGACCAUGAAUGGAUUGUGGAAAAGACUGAUAACCCUCUUAAGGUUCGGGUUUGUAGAGUAGUUCCAUAUGAGCUAAACAACCAAGUGUAUAAUCGGUUGUACAGUCUCAUACUGGGAGCUUAUUCAGCCAUCAACCAUACUCAGACCAGCCUCACUCGGUCUUGUUGGCUAUGCCUGUCUGCUUCACCACCUUACUAUGGAGGAAUUGCUUCAAAUGGGACCUAUAUCACCCAUUCCUCUGGCUCUAAUUGUGAUUGGGAUCAAAGCCAUAAACUCACCCUAUCUGAGAUAACGGGACAUGGGACUUGCAUAGGAAACCCCCCUCCUCACAUUAAGCCUUUAUGUGCUGCCAUCCAUCAGGUCUACACUCAUUCUUCACAUUUCUUUGCUGCUGCUCUAGAACUGGACAAGUUUCACUGCGUGCUUCACUCCUUACGGGUUUUCUUCCCAAAACGGCAAGAAGAUGUGCAGCAGGGUGCGGGAGUCUGCGUUUGGCGCCUGAAUGUGUUUCCGCAUCGCUGA